AAUAUUUCGUUUGUUUUAAACCGUGUUAAGGUUUUUUUUAAUAUUGCCUUAAUAUUUGUUACAUCCGAAGAUUUUUUUCGAGGGGGAUUUUGUAAGUAUUUGUACCAGUUUGUUAGCGCGUCAUACUAACAACAGCAUACUGUUGUUUUGUUGGAGGCAUUAAUAUCUAGUUAAUAUCAAAAUGGACGUCAUGUACAGUGCUGAUAACGAUUAUGAUACUGUGGAACCUAAGCCUUCUCGUACAGUAUCUACAGAGCACCUCGCCGCUGAAGUACAAUGGGGAACUUCUACGCAAAAGAUAGAGACAAUUUUCUGGAAGAUCGUUAUUAUAAUGACAGCGGUAUUCGCUUUUGUUGCUUUAAUCCUGGCAGGUAUAAGCCACCAAGCUUUUGAAAACAGAUCUAAAGCUGUAGCAUCGCCAAAACAAGACCCAGCAUUGCCAAGUUCUGCAAAUUCGGUUAACAGUCCACGUUCUUGCCGCGAUAUCAAAGGAAAGUCAGGAAUGUACCAGAUUCAACCAGAUUCAUAUCUUCCCGCCUACUUUACGUACUGUGACAUGGCAACUAACGGUGGUGGUUGGACAUUGGUGGCAGCAGUUCAUGAGAAUAACAUUAAAGGAAAAUGCACAAAAGGAGAUUUGUGGUCCAGCGACCAAGGAUAUGGAUAUUCUCGGAAUACAUAUAACGGAACUGGAAAUUGGGAAAACAUUAACACUUUUGGAGAUGCGAGGAACCUUUUAAACGGAGAUUAUAAAAACAGCGCUUAUUUCAAUGUUAAGGCAUCAGAUGUUCUUAUAUGGCAUGUACCGAACAACGCAACGUUGUCUACCAUGAGCAGCAAAGCCUUUUUAAAAUACUAUACAACUGACGGUGUUUUGCAAAGACAUGGUGGCACACUGCGCACACUUUAUCGAGACUCUGCACCGUUGUCUCAUGCAGGCUCAUAUCGUUUCCACACACUUAUUGCCAGCCCAAUAACAUAUACCGUGGGGGACAAUGAUAAAGUUAUGUCAGCGAUCCCGACUCGCUUAAUUCCAUACGUGACACCAGGAAUGUUGCAGUUUCGGGCGUUUGACCCUUACGGAUACCCAAAUGCACUGUGUCCUGGUGUACAAAUAACGAGAGGCGAUUCUACCAGGGUUUGUAUCGGUGGAGGAGUGACAGGAAGCUCAAGAACAUGUGGAGAUUUUCUUGGUUGGGAUGGUACAUCUGGCAGGUAUAUUAGUCCUCCGACAAUGAACAAUCCAUCGAUUACUGGUCGACCACUUUACUAUGUUGACUCAAGCAUUUUUAUUUUUACUCGUUAAUAACCUACUUAUUUAAUGGGAACAAAAAAACAUACAUUUGUUUAAAAAUAUUGUCAUUAACCUAUUAUGUAGUAUAUGCACACAUGUAAAGUAUUGAUGUAAAUAAAGUUUAGCAAUACGUACUGA